UGUGUGUAUGCGCACACGCUUGCUAAGCUCAGAGCGCCUCUGAAAACCAGAAGUGAACUGCAGGCUUGCAAAACAUAUCGGGGUGUCUACGGGAAACUAGGAAAGGAGAAGGCGCCAGCGUGUGCCUAAUGAAACGGUACCCAAAUCGCACCAGCUGCGCCAGUCUGCAAGCUCCAGGGGGUGGGAACACGCUCCACAUCAGUGUCCGCUGUGACCAUGCUGAACCUGCUCAAACAGCUGGGAUCUGCGGGCAGGUCGCAAGAUGCCACUCUCCUUUUGUCUGAGGAUCUGGUGUUGGUGGAGCAGAGGGUGGAACCGGCCAAGAAGGCGGCUCAGAUCAUUUACAAGAAGCUGUGCGGUUGCCUUCAGAGCCAGCAGGGCCUCGACGCGGAGCGGCGCAUGAAAAAGCUUCCCUUGAUGAUGCUCUCGGUCAGCACGGCGGAAAGCCUGAAGGAUUUUGAUCCAGAUUCUUCUAUUAGAAAGGCGCUGGAAAUGUGCUGCUUCAUGGAGAACUUUCUGGCGAGAACGCUGGCUGACUUCGAGGUGCAGCUGGAGAAGGAGGUUUUGGAGCCCCUCAAUAAGCUCAGCGAGGAGGACCUGCCGGAGAUCCUGAGGAACAAGAAGCAGUUUGCCCGGCUCACGAUGGAGUGGCACAACGCGCGCAGCAGGGCCCAGGCGAGCACCGGGCCGCAGGCCAAGCAGGACGGACUAAGGGAAGAGGUGGAGGAGGCCUGGAGGAGACUGGAGAACAUCAAGGACCAGUAUUCAGCAGAUCUCUAUCACUUUGCAACGAAAGAGGACACCUACGCCAACUACUUCAUUCGACUUUUAGAACUCCAGGUUGGGUACCACAAGACAGCUCUGGGCUUUCUGGAGAAGAACAUACAGGAGCUCAAGGAGAACCACAAAAAAUCUGAGCCCCAGCUGGACAACCCGUCAGGGAAGGUGUAUGGCGUGCCGCUGCUCGCUCACCUCACGGAGAGCGGGAGAGACAUCGCUGUGCCCAUCCAAGAGUGUGUCCGCAUGCUGCUCCACAAGGGCAUGAGGGAGGAGGGUCUGUUCCGGCUAGCGGCCGCAGCUUCUGUGGUGAAGAAGCUGAAGAAAAGUCUGGAUCAUGGAAAUGCGGACCCCAGCGAGUUCAGCACAGACCCACAUGCGGUGGCAGGAGCUCUGAAGUCUUAUCUCAGAGAGCUUCCAGAACCCCUCAUGACAUUUGAACUCUACGAUGAGUGGUUCGAAGCUGCAGGCGAGAAGGAGGUUUCAGACCGGCUGGAGCAGCUGAAAGGGGUCUUGAAGAAACUUCCCAGGGAAAACUACAACAACCUCAGGUACCUGGUGCAGUUCCUCGCACACCUUUCCAAGCAACAGGCUGUGAACCGGAUGACCCCCAGCAACAUCGCCAUCGUGCUGGGACCCAACCUGCUGUGGCCCAGGACUGAGGGCAGCGGGGAGUCCCUGAUUGACAUGGCAUCCGCCUCCUCGGUGCAGGUGGUCACUGUGAUCGAGCCCCUCAUACAGUACGCCCAGAGCCUGUUCCCUGAAGCGGAGGAUUUUGAGGUUCCCGAACUUCCAGUCAGCCCCAACCUGAAGCAGGCCCCAUUAAAGUUGCUGAAGCCUGAGGCCGAAAAUCCCACAACCCCCAGUCCGUCCUCACCUCCCUCCUGUCCUGACAGCUGUACCGUGCCCAAAGAAGAAAACAAGCCAGCCUUGGUCAAGACAAAAUCUGGGUCCAACUGUACCAUUUCAUGGGAGAACCCCUAUGAAACCAGUGUCCAGAAACCUACCCGGGCCCAGAAUCCAGCACCCAACCGGGACCAGAAUCAGAAAACAGAGUCCAGUCACGGCCAAAACCAGCCCCCCAGCCUGCCAGUGUCUAUUGCGGACAAGCUCCAUGGUGCCAUCCCUGUUGUUUCUCUUCCUGAAGACAGGAGUCCCAUCCAGCAACAUCAUUCUCCGUCACCCAACCUGGACAAAGAGCAGGGGGUCUCUGGCCUUUCCAAGCCCACAACCCCAGUCUCUCCACCUGCCCAGCCUGCAGGUCCCAAGUCACAGCAGCAACCCCAUGUCAAGUCGCUGAACAAGAAGCCCGUGAGCAAAAAGGGUGCAAUCAGACCGCCCAACUUCCCGCCCCCAGAGCCCCCUCCAUUAGUCAGCAGGCAGGUGCCGCCUGCCACUCAAUGAACUGCCAUGACAUUUUCUUCUGCAAAGCAUCAGUAUUCACCUGUCAGUUGACCUUAUGAAACAAUUAUUUACCAUUGUGCAUUACCACAAGCAAGAUGAACGUGGACUUUCCGGCAGGAUUUAAGUAAAGAAAACUGGAAACCCUGUGUGUGUGUGUGUGUGUGUGUGUGUGUGUGUGUGUG